CCAAAAUUGCUCUCCAUAAACGUCGAUAGGAAGAAGAGCAUCUAGUUCAAUUCGAUCGAACCAGUCGAGUAAAAUGAUGCGAAACUUCGGGUGCGUGCAGUGCGGGACGAGGAGCAACCCUUGCCGGUGCAAGGUGGUGGGGCCGACUCUGGGGUUGGUCGCAGCGGCGGCUGCGGCGGUGGUGGAGUGGCCCGUCGGCGCGGUGGUGUACAUCUUCCGCCACAUGAAGGGCCGCCGCAUCAUGGACCAUCCCGCGAGAGUCGUCUACCCCUCCGUCUCCCGUGCGAUCCCCAUCUAAUCCAAUCACAUACUUUUCGUUGUACGCCCAGCUAGUUUGGAAAUGCAGUGGUCCGAGACAGACCCCUUCCAAUAUUUUAAGAAAUUUGAAUAUUAAAUCAUUUUUGAGCUUUUCAAGAGCUUAUCGGGCGUUAGAAUGGAUGUGUCUAAGUAACCAUUAUGUUUCUAAAUUAUGUAGGCCAAAGUGUUGUCAGAUUAAUCUCUUUCGUUGUGUGUUGUUGGGUGAUAUUUGUAUGUGUUUUGUACUGUGUAUUGUCAAUUUCUGGAUAAUAAAUGUAUG